CUCUCAUCCUGCCUGCUUAAGUGUUAGUGAAGCUGCUGUGAGACGCUGCAACCAUGGCUGCUACUGGAACUUUCCGUAUGGUGUCAGAGGAGGAGCAGGCCAUGAGGUCUAAGCUAGAGCACUUGACAGUGAAGGAUCAUGGGCCAGUGUUUGGGCCCUGCCACAAACUGCCUGGCCACACUGUACAAAAGGCGAAGGAUGAGCUGAAUGAGACGGAUGAGAGGCGGGCGUCAUCGCUGAAGGACCUGCGAGCCAUGAUGAAGGAGAGAGCAGGGGAGGGAGACGACCUGGCCAAACUGGUGCUAGAGCGCUUCGAGGACAAACCAGACUCUAUGAUGCUGCGCUUCCUCAGAGCUCGCAAGUUUGAUGUUGUCAGAUCCCACGAGCUCAUGAAGGGUUAUGUACGCUUCAGGAAGGAGUAUCCUGAGCUGUUUGAGAACCUAACCCCUGAGGCAGUCCGCAGCACCAUUGAAGCAGGUUACCCUGUGGUUCUGCCUAGCAGGGACAAGUACGGCCGUGUAGUCCUGCUCUUCAACAUCGAAAACUGGGACCUGGAGGAGAUCACAUUCGAUGAGAUACUACGAGCAUAUUGUGUGAUCCUGGAGAAGUUGCUCGAGAAUGAAGAAACCCAGAUUAAUGGCUUUGUCCUGAUUGAGAAUUUCAAGGGGUUCACCAUGCAGCAUGCCUCAGGUAUUAAGCCGACUGAGCUCAAGAAGAUGGUGGACAUGCUGCAGGACUCUUUCCCGGCACGUUUCAAGGCGGUCCACGUUACUCACCAGCCCUGGUACUUCACCACUACAUACAACGUGGUCAAACCCUUCAUGAAGAGCAAGCUGCUGGAGAGGGUCUUUAUUCACGGUGAUGAGCUGGAUAACUAUGUGAAAGAAUUCAACGCAGACAUCCUGCCUGUGGAUUUUGAUGGGAAAGCCCCUGUUGCUGACUGCCAGGCCAUCGCUACUAAGCUUUUUGGCUCUGAAGACACUGCCCUCUGAAAGACGAGUCCACCCAUUUCAAACCCAUGAGUUAUAGUGUCCUUCACCCUAGAUGCUUCUAUUAUGAUCAGAUAUAUGGUCUAUUUUGAAGCUAGGUUGACAUUUUUUUAAUGAUUAUAUUCAGUUCCUAUAUAAGCAAAAAGAAGUCAUUAGAGUUAGAAGCAGAGGUUGGUAUACAAAUGAGUAAUAUAUGGCGAUAUUAAUGGGAAAGAAAAGGAUGUUUGGAUAAUAAUUGAUGGUUAACAGGGUUUUUUUGUUUUUUACAGCACUUGUUACUUUAUGGGCAGAGGGAAAAUCAGAGAGUUGAUAAUGUGAUGAUGUAACUCACUUCCAGAAUGAGUCAGACUGAGUUUCUGGAGCCUCAAUAAUACAUUUCAUAGCAUACAGAACAGCAUUGUGCCUACAAUCCUGUCAGAUGUGCAGAAGUGUCAGGGGUGAAUUUUAGAAAGAUGCGAAGAGGGAAAUCUGAUAAAGGAAGCCUGCAUGUGAUUAUUGUUUUAGGAGCAGGAGGCUCCUGGUGCAGUGCCAUUAAAACAGUUCACUUUGUCUCAA